GGCUCUGAAGAGAGGGCGUGAUAUCCGGGUCAGCUCGUCCUCUGUUUCCCUGGUUCUCCGGCGGCGGCGGUUGGGGAUUUGAAAAGGUCGCUCUCCCAUUUGCCAUGUCCCUCGCUGACGAGCUCCUGGCCGACCUGGAGGAGGCUGCAGAGGAAGAUGAGGAGAGUUUCGCUGACGAGGAGGAUGAGGAGACCAUCGAAGUGGUGGAGGAGGAGAUGCAGCUGGACCUGGGGGUCGACUCUGUGAAGAGCAUCGCGAAACUCCGCGACAGCAAGCUGUUCGCGGAGAUCAUCACCAAGAUGGGAGACUACAUCGGGAAGCAGCGGAAGUCUUCAGAAGUUACAGGACCCGUGGAAUCCGAUCCUGAAUACAAACUCAUCGUCGAUGCAAAUAACCUCACAGUGGAGAUUGACAAUGAGAUCAAUAUCAUUCACAAAUAUGUCAGGGAUAAGUACUCAAAGCGAUUUCCAGAGCUGGAAUCGCUGGUUCCCAACGCACUGGACUAUAUCCGGACUGUGAAGGAACUCGGCAACAACCUCGAUCGCUGCAAAAACAACGAGAACCUUCAGCAGAUCCUCACAAACGCCACCAUCAUGGUGGUCAGUGUGACAGCCUCCACCACACAGGGACAGACGCUGUCUGAGGAGGAGCUGGGGGUCAUCAUGGAGGCAUGUGACAUGGCCCUGGAACUGAACCAGUCAAAGCACCAGAUCUACGACUACGUGGAGUCCCGCAUGUCGUUCACGGCCCCCAACCUCUCCAUCAUCGUUGGAGCUUCAACAGCAGCCAAGAUCAUGGGAAUAGCGGGAGGUCUCACCAACCUGUCGAAAAUGCCUGCCUGUAACAUCAUGUUGCUGGGUUCCCAGCGCAGGAACCUCUCGGGUUUCUCCAGUACCUCAGUGCUGCCUCACACGGGCUACAUCUACCACAGCGAGAUCGUUCAGUCGCUGCCUCAGGAUCUCCGUAAAAAGGCAGCCCGCCUGGUGGCUGCGAAGUGCACGCUGGCGGCCCGUGUGGACAGCUUUCACGAGAGUGCCGAGGGGAAGGUGGGUUAUGACCUGAAGGAGGAGAUGGAACGUAAAUUCGACAAGUGGCAGGAACCUCCUCCAGUCAAACAGGUGAAGCCCCUGCCCGCUCCGCUGGACAGUCAGCGCAAGAAGCGAGGAGGACGGAGGUGAGGGACGUGCGACGGACC